AUGGAUAUGAAUAAAAGAAAAUUUCAAGAGACAUUCAAUUCAACAGAAUAUAAUGUUGACAACGAAGCAAAACGAAUCACUCAUCAAGGUUCUGCGUCACUUUUAACAUUACCCAUUGAGCUUGUUCAUAUGAUUUUCGAUAAGCUGGAUGAUUUUACAAUUAUAUGUUCACUUUGUCAAGUGUGUACACGAUUGAAUAUGAUCCUGGACGCUUAUCCUCGAUAUCAGGCACUCAUCAAACUGAACUUGACAGAAAACAGUAUUAAUGACAAAGGAGCACAAUAUCUAGCUGAUGCACUACAAAAUAAUCAGACACUCACAACAUUGAAUAUGAACAGUAAUCCUAUUGGAGAUCUUGGUGCGCAACAUCUAUCUGGUGCAUUAAAAAAUAAUAUGACAAUCACAACACUGAUGCUAGUAGAAAAUGCUAUUGGAAGUCUUGGCGCGCAAUAUCUGUCUGACGCAUUACAAAAUAAUACGACACUCACAACAUUGGAUAUGACCAGUAAUACUAUUGGAGAUCUUGGUGCGCAACAUCUAUCUGGUCCAUUAAAAAAUAAUACGACACUCACAAAACUGAAUCUCCGACUUAAUAAUAUUGAACAUCUUGGCGCGCAAUAUCUGUCUGACGCAUUACGAAAUAAUAACACACUCACAAAACUGAAUCUAGUAUCUACUGGUAUUGGAAAUCUUGGUGCAAAACAUCUAUGUGAUGCAUUACGAAAUAAUAACACACUCACAAAGCUGGAACUAGCAGCUAAUGAUAUUGGAAAUCUUGGUGCACAACACCUGGCCGGCGCAUUGCAGAAUAAUACGAACCUAAUAGAACUCGAUCUGGCAUAUAAUGAAAUCAGAGAUGAAGGAGCUGAACAUUUCGUUAUGGCACUACAAGAAAAUACGGUGAGUGCCAUUCUCUUUUGA